AUGAAUAUGAGCAACAAUUCGGAGGUUGCUAAGGUCAUGAUUAACCCAUUUUUCCUCCAGAGGAUCUACUGGGGCUGCACCGCCUGCUUAAUCGCAAUCGCAGCUUUCGCCAACUUGAUUAACCGCUUCCUGGAAUUCCAGAGACUUCGAGACGAAUCCCCUACUCCAUCGAAACCGAAAUCAGUAUUCUUUCGUGCGUAUGCCACUUUGACGGCAAUAGCCCGCGACUCAAGACACUUAACUCCACGGCCAGUACCGCUGUUUGGUCGUAGAUUUUACAUUGCGCCAGUUUUACAAUGGUCGUUCGUUAUGGUUCAUCUCGCCUCGAUGGCUGUGACGUGCUUCUACGGCCUGAAUACCCAGGACCAGUGGGAAUGGGAGGAGGUGGGCUAUCGCACGGGGUUUAUCACAAUCGCCCAAAUGCCCUUGGUGUUCAUUCUAGCCGGAAGAGAGAACAUUAUAGGGUUUCUAGUUGGCGUGGACUACCAGAGUCUGAACUGGUUUCAUCGAUGGCUGGCACGAACUCUUUGGAUAUGUGCGACGAUCCAUAUGGGCUUCUGGUUUCGGAGCUGGGGAAGGUAUGAUUAUCUCGUUCACCAACUGAGAAACGAAUACUACUCCCAAUGUGGGUUUGCUGCCUGGUUCAUCCUAACAUUCAUUAUGAUCUCUUCUGUGAGGCCUAUCCGUCGGCUGGGAUAUGAGUUCUUCGUUCUACAGCACCUUGUGAUGUUCAUCGGCUUCACGGUUGCGGUUUGGCUCCAUAUAGAUGAAGAUGUUAGGACAUCGCUUUGGAUGUCCAUUGGGUUUCUUGUUUUUGAUCGCGUGGUGCGGUAUGUUUGGGCGACUUAUAUCAAUCUGUCGGUGUUCCAUAAAACCACUGGAAUGUCGCACGGUCUCUGGACGCAUCAUGCAUCUUUCACUCCGCUGUCUGGAAACGUCACCCGAGUCACUAUCCAAAGCCCAGGAGCCCGAUGGAAACCUGGUCAACAUAUGUUCCUUACUUGCCAUUCAAUCGCACCGUUACAAAGUCACCCAUUCACUAUCGCCUCGAUUCCCGAAGACCAGAGGAUCGAAUUCCUCAUUCGGGCUGAGAAGGGCGCCACGAAACGCUUCUGGGAAUAUGCGGUGCAAAAAAACGACCUCGGAGCGGCAGACACCGGCGGCUCAAAUGAGAAUCAUUGCACCGUAUUCCUUGAAGGACCAUAUGGAGCACACCGCUCCCUUCGACAAUUCGAUAGCGUGAUCCUUUUUGCAGGCGGCAUGGGGGCUACCUUCACGAUGCCGCUUCUCCGGGAUAUGGUUGCACGAUGGAAAAAAGCGUCUGAGCAAGGUGACAAGCCACACCUGGAUGUGACAAGGCAUAUUCACUUUGUGUGGAUUAUCAGGUCACUUGAGUUUUAUAGUUGGUUUGAAUCUGAGCUAACAUCCGUGUUUGAGGACAUGGAAAUUUGUCGACGCGAUGCACAAGAUGUGGUACAAGAUCUCGAGCUGAGCAUAUACAUCACUGGUCCCCGUGCGGCGGAGAUGGAACAGGCCCUAGCAAACGGGGGUCUACUAAGGUCCGCUCGAACCCCGCCAAAAGCAAGGCUGGUAUCAAAUGUCGGCGAAAAGAGAGAAACAGCUGACGAACAUGCCAUCCCUCCUCAUUCUGCUUCCCCAACGAAUGAGAGAUUCGCAACCACCAAGAACGAACAGCGACCUUUCAUCCCCCAACAGAUGACGCUGGGCGGUGGACGUCCAUCAGUGGCUAGAACAAUCCGUACGAGCCUCGAAAAGGCCGAAGGAGAGAGCGCCGUAGUCGUCUGCGGUCCCCCCAGUCUGUCAGACGAAGUUCGCCGCAGCGUCCUUUAUCUUAGCAAUGAACGGGCCGUGCAUAAGGGCACGGGUGCGCAGGGGAUAUACCUCCACGUGGAGACAUUUGGAUUGUAG